ACUCAAAUUUCAACUACUUUUUCACAUGUUCAACUAAACUGCACUAUAUUUUCAAAUAGGCACAUGACCGUUUUUACAACCGUUUCAUCUACUUCUAAACUAUUUUAGGAGAAGAGUUACUAUUAAAAAGAAAGUCACCCUAAUCAGACAGAAUUUGUUGCCAUAAUUUUGUUCAAUAUAAGUAUUCGAAUUAAGGAUAAAAAGUCAAAUUUAUCCCGGUAAUUUGUUCGUUUUUCUGCUCUUAUUUCUAAUUUGGUGCUAGGACAAUCUGCAUAUUUCUUUCAAUUUGACGACAUAUUUCCUGGUUAAAAAGAAGACAUCAUUAUAAGUUGAGUCGAACCAGAAAAACCAAAUAACGAGAGGCUUAAAUUACAAGAAGCAAAUUAAAACAGGAUUCAAAAUUCAUAUUUCGUUUAUUUCCCAGGAUACCGAACUAACCUCUAUCACGGAAAAGUGAUUACAGGAGCUUUUACUUGAUACCGGCAAGCUCAAAAUUGGCGCGUCAGCAAGAUUAUACGCAACAUAAUAAUUUGAAUAAAUCAAAUAUAUUUACGAAUAUUUGAAAUCAAAAUCAACGUCAUCUGUCAGAAACUGUCGACUAUAUCCAACAGAAGUUUGACAAAAAUUAUCGUUUUUUCUUCUCAAUCAAAGAUGUCGAAAGUUGUUGUCUUCCUGCCAAUGUCACUGUUGAUGGUCUUCGCUUGUGUCAUCUCGUUAUCUUCAGCCUUCAUGCUGACUCAGUUCGACAAGGACUUCGACCGUUUCUGCGAGGGUCCCUCGGACACCUGUCUGGAACCCUAUGCCAGCUCAUUCAACUGCAUCUGUCCCCCACAACAACACUGUGUCGGAAGUGACGAGUACUUCUCGGCCGGAUACUGUCGGGAGUCGUGGUCUCCGAACAGCAUGGUGUACUUGCAGGGGGAUUCGAAUGCAAUCUACCAUGCGUGGCACUCACAAAACAGUUGGGACAGAUUUCCAGCUAAGAAAGCUCAGCUGCAGUAGACGAAGAAAUAAAAAAAACUCUAAACAACGACAUCGAAAACAACCACGACACGACCACGACACGGCAACGACACGUCAGCGUCAAAGACCAGCCUAAUAAAAAGAAUAAAUAAGUUCACAAUUGGAAAUAACUAAUUCACUUGCAAUCACUAUCUAGGACUGUAAAUAUUAAAUGUCAUUUCUAUUUGCUGAAUGUAUUAUUCUGGACUCUCUGGCUCAAAGGCCUUCUGAAGAGUGCAUUGGUUCAUAUUACGAUCUUGGUUUACAAGCUGAUGUGAUGCAACUAUUUGAAUUCAAAUAAACAGUUUU